CGGUAGGGGAUACUCAUUUAAUCCGCGGUUGAGAUUAGAAGUGUAGGUCGGUUUGGGUUCUGCUGGUGAGAGAAUUCACCGUGUUAGAACCAGAGCCCAAAAGAAGGCAGGAAACCUCCACUUUGCAUCAUGGAGAAGCAGUUACAUCUUAAUUUACUGUCAUCCAAACCUUCGAUACCGGGAGCCUUGCAAUCUGGGUCAAAAAUGAGAAUGGGUCCUGGGAGGAAGCGUGAUUUCUCCCCCUUGCCCUGGAGUCAGUACUUUGAAACCAUGGAAGAUGUCGAAGUUGAAAAUGGCAACGGCAAGGACACUUUCCGGAUCUAUAGCUGUGGUUCCCAGGGUCCAGUGCUGCUCCUUCUACAUGGUGGGGGACAUUCCGCUCUCUCCUGGGCUGUGUUCACGACCGCAAUCUGUAGCCGCAUCAUCUGCAGAGUGGUGGCAGUGGACCUCAGGGGACAUGGUGACACAAAAGUGAAGAACAGUGAGGAUCUUUCAGCGGAGACUUUGGCCAAGGAUGUGGGCAAAGUAGUUGAAGCCCUUUAUGGUGAAAAUCCUCCACCAGUCCUGAUGAUUGGACACAGCAUGGGUGGAGCCAUUGCUGUUCACACUGCUGCAGCCAAUCAUGUGCCAUCUUUAUUGGGCCUUUGUGUGAUUGACGUAGUAGAAGGAACUGCCAUGGAUGCCUUGAACAGCAUGCAGAACUUCCUGCGGAGUCGACCAAGAACCUUCAAGUCGGUGGAAAGUGCCGUAGAGUGGAGUGUGAAGAGUGGGCAGAUAAGAAAUGUGGAGUCUGCGAGAGUUUCCAUGAUGGGCCAAGUGAAAAGGUGUGAGGAACCUCUGGGGAGCCCCAGCAUCCCAAAAGGUAUCAGUGAAGGCAUCAUAGAGGAAGAGGAGGAGGAUGAGGAUGAGGAAGGCUGUGAUGAGUCUAAUCACAGAAGGAAGAAGGAUGAUGACCAAGAGGUGAAGAAGGAGAGCCUUUUCACCUGGCGUAUUGAGCUGGCUAAGACUGAGCGCUUCUGGGAUGGCUGGUUCCGCGGCCUAUCCUCCCUCUUCCUCAGCUGUCCGGUGCCCAAGCUUCUGCUGUUAGCAGGUGUAGACAGAUUGGACAAAGACCUCACUAUUGGACAGAUGCAAGGGAAGUUUCAGAUGCAAGUUCUCCCACAGUGUGGCCAUGCUGUCCAUGAAGAUGCCCCUGACAAAGUAGCUGAAGCUCUUUCAAUCUUCAUGGUUCGUCACAAGUUCACAGAAUGGAAGGACGACUUCCAGUGCGUGUUUCCAGUUUGUUGACUGGACAUUUUGGUCGCCCACCCUGCUCCCCACCCAUCUCUACCUGUAUCUAUCUCUGUCUCUCUGACUCUCUGACCGCCAAGACUCAGAGUCCCAUUAAAUGUCGUGGCUGCCCGCAGGAGCAGAUGUCUUGGGGCCGUGGGAACCUCACCGCCCCACGGGCCUGAGUUACCCGAUGCAAGUCAGUGUCUUACCUGUGAAUCAUUCGUAGCACUUCAUAACCUAGAAAUGGGUUUGCAAUGUUUAAUUUGUUGUUUAUGUUGUGAUUUAUUUAAUAGAGUAAAGGAGUUUUCAUCCUUCGGUCAUUGUUGUUUUUUCCCCUCCACAGAAUGUAAAUUUUCGUGCUGGGCGUAUGAUCCCUCAUUUUUCUGUUUGCUGUGCUGCCUUUUCCAUCAUUUGUGAUCUCCAUUUGUUUGCCUGAAUGGUCUCAGUUUCUAAACAAUACUGGAAAUAAAUAAAAAGUGAUGUUUUGUUUGCA